UUGCCAAGUGAAUGUGCGCCUGCGUUCAUGAAUGAAAAUGUUUUUGUUGUGUUUACUACAAUAUUUGGCUACGUCGAUUGGCUGCCAUAUUGACUUGUGAUGCUGCUUAUGCGUUUGAGGCGCUUGUUGUUUUUGUAGAACAAUGCUUUUGAUUUUUUGUGAUGGUUGGCAGAUUUACGUGCACGCAUAUGCAAUUGUAAGUUUGUGUGUUUGUUCAGUACAUACAAACAUAUGUAUGUAUAUGCAUACAGAGCAAUGCGCGCACAUUUGAAAUGUCCUUCACUGAUAAGUGAUAAUGAGACAAUUCGAAUUUUUGAAGACAUAUGUACCUGUAUAUGUACAUAUAUAUGUACAUACGUAAGUUUCAGUUUAUGCAAGUUUAAGUUACGAAAUAUGUAGUUCAUUAUAGUGUUAUAGGAAAUGUAUUUAGUAUAAAAAUAUAAACAUAUUUUUAUGAAAGUAUGUACAUACAUAUGUAUAUUAUUAUAGAACAUUACAUAAAUAUGUGCGUCCGUUUGAAUUUUUUUUUACAAAUAUACCUCUGAAAUCGCAUAAUUUAUUUGAAAUAUUUUCAAUUGUGGAUGCAUUCAUAAAUAUCCGCAAAAAGAAUUUCAUAUCAGUUGUAUAUAGUAAGCAUAUAAAUGCAUCAACAUAUAAACAAAGAGCCUAACAUGCGUCUAUAAUAGAAAUGUAAACCUCUGAGCAUAUUUUUCAGUUAAUACUCAGCUCUGUUACGAGGCACUGUUAAUAUUUCUCCUUCCGAGCCAGCAGUGGUGAAACUCGCUUAUAGGAUUUUGUUAGUUUUUGACAAUUCACACGCUGGUCCGCAAUUGGACCUUCUCUAUAUUUUACAUUUCUGGUUCUAUUUACAUUCUCUGGUUCUAUUUCUGGUAAAGUGUUCAAAUGGAGGGAAAUACUGUUGAGGAUAUUGUUACCUGUCCAUAUGAUAGGCUACACUGUGUUCUUAGAAAACGUUUGCAAUUACACCUGAUUAAAUGUCGUUUGAAUUAUCCGCAUGUGGAAUUAAGAAAGUGUCCAAUGAAUCAAUUACAUUUGGUGCCAGAGCCUGAAUUCCAGCAUCAUUUAAUGAAUUGUCCUGAUCGCAAAAUAAUUGCGCAUUAUAAAUAUUCGGGUGAGACGACAUUUAUGAAGCACGAACCGAUUGAAAGUGAAGAGAAUUGGGAUGACACUGAUACUGGGGAUUAUAAUCCUGAAACAUACGUUCGUAACAAUCAAAUAAUUCGACAACCUAUCGGGCUACCUUCACAACGUAAAGCAUUUAAACACGAGGAAGAGAAACGAUUGCAACAGUUUUGUUAAGUGUAGGUGUAUACACUCAAUAAUUAUAUGUGUAUUAAUACCCUUCUACAUAAGGUUCCUAAUAGGAACUUCCUAUGUAUUCUUGUAAUAAUAUUCAGGCUUAUAUUUUAAUAGAACUAAUACAUAUUUAUUUUUUAUAAAAAUA